CGCAGCAUCAUGGCGAUAGACGGAGGGGGGAGGAACUGUGGUGUACACGAGCUCAUCUGUGCCAGACGAGUCUCUCCUGAGCUUCUGGGUGUCCUGUCUUCCGUUGCAGCCUUCAUGGCGUUGAUGGCUCUGUUUUUUCUUUACCUCAGCAACAAGCUGUCAGUGGAGAGUCCUGACGAUCUGUCACAUCUCAGUGGCUAUAAAAACAACCGGCCAGAGGGAACGCUGUCCGACAGCGAGGAGGACCGAGGCCCCGCUGAGGCCGCGGCCCAGCAGAACGCCACGUCCGCUUGGAGCGGCGGCCGCAAGCAGUCUGCCGAGCAGGGAGGAUACAGCAGCGAGGCGUCCAGCGAGCGAGCCAACAGCAUCCAGCGGAUAAAGAAAGAGUCCUCCCUCACGGAGCUCCGGCCUCCGCCGUACCAGGACCAGGUCUCCGGGGCCUGCGUGUCCUCGCAGUCCCGCUCGGAGCGGGGAGUCCGCAGGGCGUCGUCCCCGCAGCGCUGCGACAGCCCCGGCUGCUCCAGCGAGGCCAGCGCCGACCAGGACACGGAGAGCUACCUGAACAAAGGCUGCGACGAGGACAUACCCAGCGACAGCACCGCCGUGGUGGGCCCGGAGGAUGGGCUUCACCUCCCCUCGGCCUACGAGCCCGAGCCCCUCGCCAAGUACGGCACCCUGGACGUGGCCUUCGAGUACGACUCCGGCGAGCAGUGGCUGGCCGUCACGGUCACCGCCGCCACCGACAUCCCGGCCCUCAAGCAGACGGGCAACAUCUCGUGGCAGGUCCACCUGGUCCUGCUGCCCACCAAGAAGCAGCGGGCCAAGACGGGCGUGCAGAAGGGCCCGUGUCCCGUCUUCACCGAGACGUUCAAGUUCUCCAGGGUGGAGCAGGAUGCCCUGGGGGACUACGCGGUCCGGUUCCGCCUGUACAGCAUCAGGCGGAUGAAGAAGGAGAAGGUCCUGGGGGAGAAGGUGUUCUACCUGACGAAGCUCAACCUGCAGGGCAAGAUCGCUCUGCCGGUGACGCUGGAGCCGGGCUCCGAGCUGACGGGCUGCGGCUCUGUGGUGAGCGUGUCUCGCAGCGCGGGCGCCCUGUCGUACCGCUCCACCGAGGACUCCGCCGUGCCGGAGAUCCUCCUGGGCCUCAUCUACAACUCGGCCACGGGACGCCUCUCGGCCGAGGUCAUCCAGGGAAGCCACUUCAAAACCACGGCGUCUGAAAAGCCCGUCAACGGUCUGUUUUGUUGUGUGAAGCACUUCGUAGGGGGGCAGCUAUAUAUCAUGAGAGACACCUAUGUGAAGCUGACCAUGCUGGACUCCAAGGGGAAGGAGAUGUCCAAGUACAAGACGGCCGUGUGCCGCGGCCAGCCCAACCCCACCUACAAGGAGACCUUCGUGUUCCAGGUGGCGCUCUUCCAGCUGUCCGAGGUGUCGCUGGUGGUGUCGGUGUUCUGCCGGCGGAGCAGCAUGAGGCCCAGGGAGCGGCUGGGCUGGGUCUCCCUGGGCCUCAACAGCACCAGCGAGGACCAGCAGGCCCACUGGGCCGAGAUGAGGGAGGCGGAGGGGCAGCAGAUCUGCCACUGGCACACGCUGACGGACACAUAGAGGGGAGACUCCCAACAGCUGGAAGC